UGUUAAACCAUUUAAAGGAACGGCGCAGAUGAAAAGUAUAUUUGCACAAUUUACUACAACUUGUGCCACAACCAGAUGAGAUGUUUGCUUCUAUAGUUUUGGAAUUGUACAAGAAAGCUGGAAAAUAUGCAGAGGGUAAUAUGUAUUAUCAUUUAAUAAAGAUAAGCAUGCGCAACAUAGUGUCAUUUGCAACAAGUAGAUAUAAGUUUAGAUGUAUUUAAGGACAAUAUUUUUGAUUGAGAUAGAUUCCUGGUUAACUGGUUACUCCAUUUUCUUUCUUUCUUUCUUUCUUUUCUUUUUUUUGGUCAAACUAUUCCUAUAACACAAAUCCUUAAUUACUACGCGUGUGAAAUAUCUUUUCUUAUCUACUCAAUGUUUUUUCAGUAGCGAACACUUUCCAGACCCCCACUGACCUGCUCAGUAUCAUACAGAAGGACAGACACGGACCAUCCACCCAGAUCCUGCAGCAGACGGACUUUCCCUCAGGGGCCUACAUGCCUAAAGUACAGCUGCCCUACAGCUGCUCGCGUGGCCAGUGGCCCCGCAAAAUCCAGAUCGAGAAGCAGAGACGGGAGUAUCUGACAUUAGACAUCGCCCAGCUUCUGGCUGACCUUGGCAUUGAUUCUAGUCAGCUUGUAACCAGAACCAUGAGCAGUGAGGAUCAACCAGAGAGCUCCUGCGUGUCUACCUCUAAAACCCCCAGCCCACCAGUUGUUAACUACCUGCCCCUGGAGAUAUUUGAUAACGAGGAGUUUGAUUGCCGCACACCUGAGGACUGGCUGGCUCUGGGCUGUGAGCAGGGCUCGAGUGACCAAAAACCUGUUCCUGCCAAAGCUUUUCUGCCGACACACGAUACCGUGUCAGCUGAGGAGCAGAAGAAGAGCACUCCAGAGUAUACGUGGCAGUCUGUCGGGGUUCUAGAUUACAGCCCGGAGAAGAAGCAGUACAUGGUGCAAAAAGCAGAUCAGAACGGCUGUGUGAGAGACAGCAAGGGCAAACCUGUUGUGGGUGGAGCACAAAGCAAUAAAGGCCCUCUGCUGUCGAACCAGUAUUGGGUUCCACGGAUCCGGCUGCAGUUCUGUGCUGAGGACCCGCGUAUCUUUGCUCAGAGGGUCCAGUUUGCCUACAGAGCCAGGCACAACACUGAGGCUCUGCUGCUCUACCAUCUCUCUGUGGACUGCAUGCCAGUCUGGAGCGGGACCCCCACACUGCACUCCACCACCCUCCAACACAUCAAAACCCUCACCAUCAGCACCCCAGGACUCCGAUUCCCACUUCUGCAGCAGUGCAUGGAAAAUCUAGAGAAAGAGGUUCACCUGGAGUAUGGCCGCACCAUGAACCGAAUGACCUUUGAUAAGCUUGUGCAGGCCAACCCUAAAGAGUUCUCCUACAUCACACUGCCUGAGAAAGAACCAGAGAGAGUUCCCAAAGGUUUGUGUGUAUGUGUGUGUAUAUGUAUAUGGACGCUCGGACAUGUAUCUAUAACACCGACGACACGCUCUUGUUCAGGUUCUGUGUCUGUACCGGACUACCCGUUUGAGAAGAACCGUGCCAAAUUCACCUUCCUCUACCUGCUCACUAAGCCAGAAGUGAUCUCUGCUUUGUCUAACGUUAGAGCUGAGUGUAACAGGGUGGCAGCCAUGAGCCUCUUCCAUGUCGCCUUUAGCAAGCCUCUACGCCUGGAAGAGUUUGAGCUGGCACAGUCACAGGUGCACACACAGGUGCAGCUUUUCCUGCGUGACACCUGGAUCACCAGUCUGUGUAACGGGAUCCACUCCAGCCUGCGUGACGCCGGGCCUGGCUGGUACAAUCUAAGCGAGUCAUGCUGGCAGGUGUACUGCAUGUCCAAGCUUUGUCGCUUGAUGACGCAGAUACGCUACAAACUACAGGACACCCUGCGAUUCUUGGUGGAGGACUCGCUCACCAGCCUGACUCAACUGGUCUUGGAUGCCUGCCACAGCGUGUUGCACUGUCCCCCAGAUCUCACCUGGGGUUCUGACCUCAUCCACAGUCCCUACACACCCAAGAAGAACCCAUUGUUUCUUGUGGACCUGAUCCUGGACCAGACCGGGGUCCAUUACAGCACCCCACUAGAGAAUUUUGCGACGUCCGUCAUCGAUUUAUUAGACAAAGGCAUCCUCUGCACUCAUAAUCUCCCACAGCUGGACAAGUUUGUCAUGAAGAACUUGUUUAUCAGUGGGGUUCCACUGUUGGAGUCAGUGGGUCUGUGGGAGCCAGCAGUGAAGACGCUGAAAGAGAGAGUGGGCGAUGCCCUGCGCCAGGCCUCCAUUCCUCUCCAAGCCUACGCCCGUGAAUACGAAUGCCACCUCGAGCUUCACAACUCUGACAUCAACACCUUCCUGAAGCUUUAUAGUCAGGAGAACAGCACUCUUCUAGAGGUGAAAGAGGAAGUCGUGAGGCAGCUAAAGGAGAAAGAAAUUUUGGAACAGUCCCUCCCCUCCUUCAUCAUAAUCGGGCCCUUCAUGGUGAACGUGGAGGCUGUGAAGAAGAGCCUGUCUAAGAAACGUCGCGCUUUAGCCAAUGCCGUAAUCGACCGCCUUGCUCUCAAGCUCCGCAAGCAAAUGGAAGAGGCAUGUGAAGAGUGCAAGAUGAUCAGCAGGAAGCUGUAUGAGAAGCCCAACAGCAUCGAGGAGCUGGCAGAGCAAAGGGACUGGAUGAAGCAGAUCCCAGAUCAGUUGAAGGCCCAUGAAGAGCUCUUGUCCAAAGCCAUGACUGACUAUGAGCUAAUAGACGAGUUCUUCUACAAUCUCACCAAUGAGGAUUUCAGUGGGAAAUGGACGGCGGUGGCCUGGCCUCAUAAGAUCCUCAGUCAGAUUGAAAAUGUACGCCUACAGCAUGAAGAGGACGAGGAACGCUUCCAAAAGAUCCAGAUGGUUGAUCAGAGCAAUUUCCAGGAGCGUCUGGACUCCCUAGAGAUGGUUGUCGCAGGCCUUGCCGCCUAUACAGACAUCAAUCGUGCGCAUGAAGUAGCAAACGAAGUGCGCCGGGUUGCAAAGCAGCUGAAGGAGUGUCAGGGCUUGGCGCAGGUUUACAACAACCGUGAGCGCCUCUUUGGCGUCCCCCUCACUAACUAUGACAGGUUGCAAAAGCUUAGUCGAGACUUUCAGCCAUUCCGGGACCUGUGGACAACCACGUCCGAUUGGCAACGUUGGCACGACAGCUGGCUAAAUGACCCGCUGUCCUCUAUCGACCCAGAACAGCUGGAGCGCAACGUCAGCGAUGCCUUCAAGACCAUGCACAAGUGCAUCAAGCAGUUCAAAGACAUACCGUCCUGUCAGGAUGUGGCUUCCUACGUCCGAGGCAUGAUGGAGAAGUUCCAGCCACACAUCCCCUUGAUUCAGGGCCUGAGGAACCCGGGCAUGCGCAGCCGCCACUGGACCCUGCUGUCCGAACGCCUUAACAUGAACCUGAUGCCCAAAUCCAACCUUACGCUCUCCCGCUGUUUGGAGCUCGACCUGCUUCAGCACGUGGAUGAGAUCGCACGGGUCGCAGAGGUGGCUGGGAAAGAGUACGCCAUUGAACAGGCUCUGGAUAAGAUGCAAAGCGAGUGGACAUCGGUCAUGUUUGAGGUUUUGCCGUAUAAGGAUACGGGCACCUACAUCCUGAAGAGUCCUGACGAGGCGUCCCAGCUUCUGGACGACCACAUCGUGAUGACCCAGAGCAUGUCGUUCUCCCCCUACAAAAAGGCGUUUGAGGAUAGAAUCAACACUUGGGAGAGCAAGCUGAGGAUGACUCAGGAUGUGCUGGAGGAGUGGCUGACGUGCCAGCGCUCCUGGCUCUACCUGGAGCCCAUCUUCAGCUCAGACGACAUCAACCGGCAGCUGCCCAUUGAGGGGAAGAGAUACCAGACCAUGGAGCACACCUGGAGGAAAGUCAUGAAGACCGCGCACGAUAACAGACAGAUAAUUCAGCUUUGCCCGGAUCGGCAUCUCCUGGACGAUCUGAAAGACUGUAACGAGCUGCUGGAGCAGGUGCAGAAAGGGCUGAGCGAAUAUCUGGAGACCAAACGGGGAUCCUUUCCCAGAUUCUACUUUCUGUCUGAUGACGAGCUUUUAGAGAUUCUGUCUCAGACCAAAGACCCGACAGCGGUGCAGCCCCAUCUGCGCAAAUGCUUCGAGAAUAUUGCAAGGCUCCAGUUCCAACCGGACCUCCAGAUCACACACAUGUACUCCGGAGAGGGAGAGGAGGUCCAGUUGUUCCUCCCAGUGUGGCCUACUGGGAAUGUUGAGGACUGGCUGUGUGAUGUGGAGAAGUCCAUGAAGCUGAGUCUGCGUGACAACAUUGAGCGUUCCCUCAAGGUUUAUCCAGAGGUCAGUGUAUCUCGUUAUUUCAGCAUUUUUUUGGUUUUUUGUACAUUACUAGAACCCCGUACUAAGUGGGUGCUGUCGUGGCCGGGGCAAGUGGUGAUCGCUGGAUGUCAGACUUUCUGGACCGCGGAAGUUUCGGAGUCUUUAGAGAGGGGAGACCUCGCCGAGCACUUGUAUCCUCAGCUUCAGACGCAGCUGGGAGACCUGGUGCAGCUGGUGCGAGGCCGUCUGUCUAGAAUGCAGAGAGCUGUUCUCUCGGCUCUCAUCGUGAUCGAGGUACAUGCUAAAGACGUAGCUGCCAAACUGGUGGAGGAAUCCGUGGCCAGCGUUAACGACUUUGAGUGGAUCAGCCAGCUCAGAUAUUACUGGGUGAGAGAUGACCUCUACAUCAGGGCAGUGAACGCGGAAUUCCUCUACGGCUACGAGUAUCUCGGUAACUCCGGGCGACUUGUCAUAACACCACUGACUGACAGGUGUUACCUGACACUGACUGGUGCUCUGCAUCUAAAGUUUGGAGGUGCUCCGGCGGGUCCAGCUGGCACAGGUAAGACCGAAACCACUAAAGACCUGGGCAAAGCGCUGGCCGUCCAGACCGUCGUCUUCAACUGCUCCGACCAGCUCGACUUCCUCGCUAUGGGAAAGUUUCUCAAGGGUCUGGCCAGUUCUGGAGCCUGGGCGUGCUUUGAUGAAUUCAACCGGAUUGACGUGGAGGUGCUCUCGGUGGUGGCUCAGCAGAUUACCACCAUCCAAAAGGCGCAGCAGCAGAGAGCAGAGAGGUUUGUGUUUGAAGGAACAGAGAUCCCGCUGGUUCCUUCCUGCGCCGUCUUUAUUACCAUGAACCCAGGCUAUGCCGGCCGAACCGAACUGCCCGACAACUUAAAGGCUCUGUUCCGUCCCGUCGCCAUGAUGGUCCCAGACUACGCCAUGAUCGCUGAGAUCUCUCUGUACUCGUUUGGCUUCAGUGAUGCGAAAGUCCUCUCCAAAAAGAUCACCAGCACCUUCAAGCUGUCCUCUGAGCAGCUCAGCUCCCAGGACCACUAUGACUUUGGCAUGAGAGCUGUGAAGACCGUGAUCUCUGCUGCUGGAAACCUGAAGAGAGAGAAUCCUGAAAUGAAUGAGGAGCUGAUCUGUCUGCGUGCCAUCAGAGACGUCAACGUGCCCAAGUUCCUGCAGGAUGACCUCAAACUCUUCAACGGCAUCGUGUCUGACCUCUUCCCGAAGAUCCGCGAGGAGCCCAUCGACUACGGCACGCUGGAGGAGUCGAUCCGUAACGCCUGCGAGAGCAAGCAACUGAAAGACGUGGACGGUUACAUCGCAAAGAUCAUUCAGCUGUAUGAGACCACUGUGGUGAGACAUGGCUUGAUGCUGGUUGGGCCGUCUGGUUCGGGCAAAACUAAGUGCUAUGAAGUGCUGGCGGCGGCCAUGACGGCUCUGCAGGGUCAGCCGUCGGUCAGCGGUGGAGUGUACCAGGCUGUUCAGACCUACGUCCUAAACCCAAAGUCCAUCACCAUGGGGCAGCUGUACGGAGAGUUCGACCUGCUCACACACGAGUGGACGGACGGCAUCCUGUCGUCCCUGAUCCGCACCGGAGCUGUCGCGAUGGACGAGGAGAAGAAGUGGUACGUGUUCGACGGGCCGGUGGACGCCGUUUGGAUCGAGAACAUGAACACUGUGUUAGAUGACAACAAGAAGCUGUGUUUGAGCUCAGGCGAGAUUAUCAAACUUACAGAUGUGAUGACUCUGAUGUUUGAGGUGCAGGAUCUGGCCGUGGCGUCCCCUGCCACAGUGUCCCGCUGCGGGAUGGUGUAUUUAGAACCCAGUAUCCUGGGACUCUCUCCAUUCACUGAAUGCUGGUUACGUACCAUCCCUAUACCUCUACAGCCACAUGCCCAGCAGCUCAACUCUCUCUUCGCACGAUUCCUGCAGGAUUCUAUAAUGUUUGUGAGGAAGUCAGUGACUGAAGUGAUUACCUCGAUGGACAGCAACCUGACCUGCUCUUUACUCAGACUUCUGGACUGCUUCUUCCAGCCGUUCAUCCCACGAGAGGGAGAGGGACCUCCUCCUCAGGAUAAGCUGGACCGUGUGUGUGAGCUGAUUGAGCCAUGGUUUAUUUUUUCUCUGGUAUGGAGCGUGGGGGCCACCGGAGACGCUGCAAGCCGCCAACGCUUCAGUGCCUGGCUAAGAGACAAGAUGAAGCAGGAAAAAAUUCAGCUGUGUUUCCCAGAAGAGGGACUGGUGUACGAUUAUGGCCUGGACGACGCGGGCGUCAGUCAUCUACAUGAAGAUGAGGAGGAUGCUAAAAGGAGGGAGGUGCAAUGGGUCAGCUGGAUGAAGUACGCCAGCAACGUCGUCAUCACCCCAGAAACCAGCUACGCAGACAUCAUCGUGCCCACCGCUGACGCCGUGCGCAUGUCCUUCUUGUUAGACAUGCUCCUGUCCAAUAAGAAGCCAGUGCUGUGUAUCGGCCCAACAGGCACGGGCAAGACCCUGACCGUGUCCGAUAAGCUGCUGAAGAACAUGCCGCCCGAAUACGUCACCCACUUCCUCGUGUUCUCCGCCCGCACCUCAGCCAACCAGACGCAGGACUACGUCGACAGCAAGCUGGACAAGAGGCGGAAGGGUGUUUUUGGUCCUCCGCUGGGAAAGAAUUUCAUCUUCUUUAUUGACGACCUUAACAUGCCCAUGCUGGAGACGUACGGUGCCCAGCCGCCCAUCGAGCUCCUGCGCCAGUGGAUGGACCAUGGAGGCUGGUAUGACCGGAAGCAGAUAGGAACAUUUAAGCAGUUGGUAGACAUCAAUUUUGCAUGUGCCAUGGGUCCUCCUGGUGGAGGCAGAAACCCAAUCACCCAACGCUUCACGCGCCACUUCAACUGCCUCUCUUUCACUGAGAUGGAGGACUCCAGCAAGAGAAAAAUCUUCUCCACUAUCCUGGGCAGCUGGAUGGAAAAGGUUCCCGAGCUGAUUCCACUGAAUGAGAGUCUAGUGGAUGCCACUAUUAAGGUGUACUCCAGCAUCACCUCUGGCCUCCUGCCCACUCCAGCCAAAUCACACUACACUUUCAACCUGCGUGACCUGUCCAAGGUCUUCCAGGGUGUGCUCAUGGCUGAAGCUGCAAAGAUACAGGACAAGGUCCAGCUCCUGCGGCUGUGGUACCACGAGAGCUGCCGUGUGUUCCAGGACAGACUGGUGAGUCCGGAGGACAGGGACUGGUUCGAUAAGCUACUCCAGGAGCGCAUCGAGGAGUUCGGCUGCAGCUUUCAGGAGGUGGUGCCUUGCCAGCCGGUCCUCUUUGGAGACUUUAUGAUCCACGGUACUGAUAACAAAGUGUACCAGCUCAUUGAGGACAAGGAGAAGCUGGCCCGGGUAAUGGAGGAGUACAUGGACGACUACAACCAGAUCAGCACCACUAAGAUGAAGCUAGUUCUGUUUAUGGACGCCAUCCAGCAUGUGUGCCGUAUCGCCCGCAUUCUGCGCCAGCCGCUGGGAAACGCCCUUCUGCUCGGAUUGGGCGGCAGCGGGCGCCAGUCCCUCACCAAACUCGCCUCGCACAUAUCUGACUACGAGUGCUUCCAGAUCGAGCUGUCAAAGAACUACGGCGUGCCGGAGUGGAGGGAGGAUAUUAAGAACAUCAUGAUGAAGGCCGGUCUCAAGAACGUUCAGAUCACCUUCCUCUUUGUCGACACCCAGAUUAAGAGCGAGUCGUUCCUGGAGGACAUUAACAACAUCCUGAACUCGGGCGACGUGCCGAACCUGUACAGCGGAGACGAGCAGGAGAGGAUCGUGACCGCCAUGAAACCCGUGGUGCAGGAUCUCGGCGUGCAGCCCACAAAGGCCAACCUCAUGGCCGCCUACGUCCGGAGGGUCCGCAGUAACAUCCACACCGUGCUGUGCAUGAGUCCGAUAGGUGAAGUGUUCCGAGCCAGAAUCAGGCAGUUCCCCUCUCUGGUCACGUGCUGCACUAUUGACUGGUUUAGCGCAUGGCCACAGGAGGCCUUACAGUCUGUAGCAACGUCCUUCCUCAAUGAGCUACCAGAACUGGAGGCCAGUCCUGCUGCCCUGAGAGGCAUGACGGCGAUGUGUGUUGAGAUCCACCAGAUGGUGGCUCGCAAGUGCGAACACUACCGUGCUGAACUCUCACGCCAUAACUACGUCACACCCAAGAGCUACCUGGAGCUGCUCAGUAUUUUCUCAGCACUGAUUGGCCGGAAGAAGCAGGAGCUGCAUGGGGCUCGUCAGCGCAUGAAGGCGGGUUUGGACAAGCUCUUGAGCACAGCCGAGGACGUGAGUAAGAUGCAGGAGGAGUUGGAAACAAUGAGGCCUCUCCUGGAAGAAGCAGCCAGAGACACCAUUGUCACCAUGGAGAAAAUCAAGCAAGAUACAUUGGUUGCAGAGGAGACCCGUGUGGCGGUGCAGGCCGAGGAGGCCAAGGCGUCUGAGAAGGCCAGUAUAGCUAGUGCAUAUGCUGCAGAUGCCCAGAAAAACCUCGAUAAAGCUCUGCCUGCACUGGAUGACGCGUUAGCCAGCCUCAAAUCUCUCAACAAGAACGAUGUCACCGAGGUGAGGGCGAUGCAGAGGCCUCCUCAGGGAGUGAAGCUGGUCAUCGAGGCAGUCUGCAUUCUGAAGGGAAUCAAACCAAAACGGGUACCUGGAGAAAAGCCAGGGAGCAAGGUGGAUGAUUACUGGGAGCCUGGAAAAGGACUUCUGCAGGAUCCAGGAAAAUUCGUAGAUGGCCUACUGAAGUUUGACAAGGACAAUAUCCCGGAUUCUGUGAUCAAAAUGCUGCAGCCUUACAUAGACAACGAGGAGUUCCAGCCGGCUUCCAUAGCUAAAGUGUCCAGGGCGUGCACGUCCAUCUGCCUGUGGGUGCGCGCUAUGCAUGGGUACCAUUUUGUGGCCAAAACCGUAGAGCCCAUACGGCAAGCCCUUGCUGUGGCCCAGGAGGACCUGGCAAUAACUCAGAGUAUUCUGAAGGAGGCCAAAGAAAAGCUCGAGGCGGUGGAGGAGGGCAUCGCGGCGCUGCAGGCUAAAUAUCAAGAGUGUUUAGCCAAACGUGACGAGCUUGACAGCAAGUGCCAGCUGUGUGAAAGCAGACUGAUUCGUGCAGACAAGCUGAUUGGUGGGCUUGCUGAUGAAAAGGUGCGCUGGAGCGAAACAGUACAACAUUUGGAUUAUCUGGUGGAUAAUGUAGCUGGCGAUGUGCUGCUGGCUGCAGGAUACGUAGCCUACCUCGGACCUUUCACUGGUGAGUAUCGGGUGUCGAUGUUUGAGGAAUGGCUGCGUGGUUUUAAGGAACAGCAGGUCCCUCACACAUCCGAGCCCAGCCUCAUCAACACACUCGGAGACAAAGUCAAAAUUCAUUCCUGGCAGAUUGGCGGUUUGCCAAAAGACAACCUCUCUGUGGAGAAUGGAGUGAUCAGUCAGUACUCUCAACGCUGGUCUCUGUUCAUCGACCCUCAGGGCCAGGCCAACAAGUGGAUAAAGACCAUGGAACGUGAUAAUGGACUGGAUGUGAUGAAGCUGAGUGACAGGGACUUCCUGCGCAGUUUGGAAAACGCCGUUCGGUUCGGGAAGCCCUGUCUACUGGAGAAUGUGGGAGAGGAGCUGGACCCGGCACUCGACCCUGUUCUGCUGCGACAGACAUUUAAGCAGCAGGGCAGUACAGUACUGAAGUUAGGUGACACUGUUAUUCCCUACCACAACGACUUCAAGAUGUACAUCACCACUAAGCUGCCCAAUCCACACUACUCUCCUGAGAUCUCCACCAAAGUCACCCUCAUCAACUUUACCCUCUCCCCGAGCGGCUUGCAGGACCAGUUGCUGGGCCGGGUGGUGGCUGAGGAGAGGCCUGACCUGGAGGAGGCCAAGAACCAGCUGAUUGUGAGCAACGCACGCAUGAAGCAGGAGCUGAAGGAGAUCGAGGACCAGAUCCUGCUCAGGCUCAGCUCAUCAGAGGGUAACCCCGUCGACGAUGAGGAGCUCAUACGAGUGCUUGGAGCCUCCAAGAUCAAAGCUGGAGAGAUACAGGCCAAAGUGAUGGUGGCGGAGAAGACCGAGCGAGACAUCGACGCCACACGUCUGGAGUACGUCCCUGUGGCAGUGCGCACCCAGAUCCUCUUCUUCUGCGUGUCCGACCUGUCCAACGUGGACCCCAUGUAUCAGUACUCUCUAGAGUGGUUCCUGGGCAUCUUUAUGGCGGGCAUUGCUAACUCGGAACGUGCAGACACACUGGAGCAGCGCAUCAUCAACAUUAACGAGCACUUCACCUUUAGCCUCUACAGCAACGUGUGCCGCAGCCUGUUCGAGAAGCACAAGCUCAUGUUCGCCUUCCUGCUGUGCGCUCGCAUCAUGAUGAACAAAAAUAAGAUCGUUAUGGCUGAAUGGCAGUACAUGUUGUCAGGAGGCACAAGCCUGCAGCAGCUGCCGAACCCGUCGCCCGCCUGGUUAUCAGAACGGGCGUGGCGGGACGUCAUGGCCCUCAGUGCUCUGCCCAACUUUACAGGCCUGGCACACACCUUCUCCAGAUAUGAGUCAGAAUACAGGAGGAUCUUUGACAGCAGCCAGCCACACCGGUAUCCUCUCACACUUACACAUACACAAACACAUACUGAACACAAUGGCCAAAAGUAUGUGGACGCCUGCUCAUCACACCCAUACAGUAUGUGGCCUCCCCUACAUCUGAGCGAGUUUCUGUGUAAAUAUAGCAAGCUGGACAGCUUUCAGCGACUGUUAGUGCUGCGUUGUCUGCGUGUCGAUUGCCUGACACACGGCCUGCAGGACUUCGUGUCAGCGCAGCUGGGUCAGCGCUUCAUCGAGCCUCAGACGUCUGACCUGUCUGUGGUCUUCAAGGAGUCGUCGCCCUCCACUCCGCUUAUCUUUGUUCUAUCACCCGGCACCGACCCCGCAGCUGACCUCUACAAAUUUGCCGAUGUCAUGAAGUUCUCCAAGAAAAUGAGCGCCAUCUCGCUAGGCCAGGGCCAGGGUCCCUGGGCUGAAGCGAUGAUGCACAGUGCGAUGGACAAGGGGCAGUGGGUAUUUUUCCAGAAUUGCCACCUGGCACCGAGCUGGAUGCCCACUCUGGAGCGACUCAUUGAGAACAUCGACCCUGACAAGUCUGCAGAGUUCCGUUCUCUGUUGUUGUCUCUCUGUCUGUUCCACGGAAACGCUAUCGAGCGCAGGAAAUUUGGUCCACUGGGUUUCAACAUUCCGUAUGAGUUCACAGACGGAGACCUGCGCAUCUGCAUCAGCCAACUCAAAAUGUUCCUUGAUGAAUACCAGGACGUUCCUUACAAGGUUCUGAAGUACACAGCCGGCGAGAUAAACUACGGUGGCCGUGUGACAGACGACUGGGAUCGCCGCUGCAUUAUGAACGUGUUGGAGGACUUCUACUGUCCCUCUGUGCUGAACCCUGAUCACGUCUACUCACCUUCAGGAGAGUACCGCCAGAUCAGCACAGACCUGGACAUCAAGGGCUAUCUUUCGUACAUCCGCGGCCUGCCUAUUAACGACACGCCAGAGAUCUUCGGCCUGCACGACAACGCAAACAUCAGCUUUGCCCAGAACGAGACGUUCGCCCUGUUGGGUGCUGUACUCCGACUGCAGCCCAGAGCUGCCUCCAGUGGGGGCAAAGCCAGAGAGGAGAUAGUCGAGGAGAUCGUGACAGGGAUUGUGGAGAAGAUUCCCAACCCCGUCGACAUUCAGGAAGUCGUUACCAAGUACCCAGUGAUGUAUGAGGAGUCUAUGAACACUGUACUGAUACAGGAAGUUAUAAGAUAUAAUAAGUUGCUAGCAGUGAUCACGCAGAGUCUCGGUGAUCUAGUGAAGGCUCUGAAAGGUUUGGUGGUGAUGUCAUCCGAGCUCGAGCUCAUGGCCAACAGUCUGUUCAUCAACGCCGUUCCAGAAAUGUGGAAGGCCAAGGCGUACCCGUCUCUAAAGCCGCUGGCCUCCUGGGUAUCCGACCUGCUGCAGCGCAUCGGUUUCUUGAAGCGCUGGAUCUCCGGCGGGAUUCCGGCUGUGUUCUGGAUCAGCGGCUUCUUCUUCCCACAAGCCUUCCUGACGGGAACGCUGCAGAACUACGCCCGCCGCUCUGUCCUCUCCAUCGACACCAUCAGCUUCGGCUUUAAGGUGAUGACGGAGCCGACGGCGGAGUUGACCGAGCGGCCCGAGACGGGGUGUUUCAUCCACGGUUUGUUCCUGGAGGGGGCGCGCUGGGACACGCACGCUGGCAUGCUGACCGAGUCUCGGCCCAAAGAGCUCUACACCGAGAUGGCCGUCAUCUGGAUGGUGCCCACGCCCAACCGCAAACCGCCACAGUCCGGCGUCUACGUCUGCCCCAUAUACAAAACGCUCACUCGUGCCGGAACUCUGUCCACCACCGGUCACUCCACUAACUACGUAAUGGCAGUAGAGCUUCCCACAGACCAAAGCCAGAAGCACUGGAUAAAGCAGGGAGUGGCACUCAUAUGUGCACUGGAUUACUGAAAACACACACACACACACACACACACACACACUACUCUCCCUCUUACCUUCUCCCUUUUUUCUCGUUUUUCUUUCAAAGACACAAUGUUUAAAGAACUGAAGAGGAACUCUCUCGUCAGGAAGUGCACUCAGAACUAUUUCCUAUUUAAACUUCUAGAUGAUUCGACUUGUCAGACGAAUCAUUUGUGUUCGGCAGCACAUUUCCUACAUCCUUUAAAAAUCUCAAGCUUCGUUCGCAGUGCCCCGUCGGUGAACUUUGUGGGUCUUUCUAAAACAUACUUCAUUCUCAUUCAGAAAUAUUUCAAAUAAAAUAAAUGUACCCUUCAAGCGCUUAUUUUUUUCUCAUGGUAACAAAUGCAUUAUAACAAAAGAUUCUGUAGUUCAACACCGGAACUUCCACAUCUAUUCUUAUAUUCAUAAUAUUGGCUGAUAUUCAUGAACGUCAUACGUAUGCUCUAUACUGGUAUACUAGUUCAUUUCAUUUUAAAGAGAACAUUGUUCGUUUCCUGUUGGGCGUAUGUCACUGCGACGCAAACGAUGCAUUUUUAUGACGCGCAAAACCCACUGUACUUGUAUACAUAGUUGUAUACUAGUACAUCUGAAUAUAUGUACAGUAGCAGACUUGCACACAAAAGCCUGCAUACUUUUUUUUAAGAUAUUUUUUGUUGUCUGUUUUGUACUGUCGUAAAAAUAAAUCGGUUGUACGCGUGUUCAGAACGGCGGCACGGUGCAUAGCGUCGCCGUGUCACCGCUCCAGGGUUCCC